AUGUAUCGCCCGUCAACCAGAAAUAUAGUCCCCUCGCGAUCAGCUUUACGGGUUUUGCGACGACUAGCCUUAGCAGGCUCUACAGCUAGUGUCAUUGGAAGUAUAUGCACUGUUGCCACAAUUACCUACGAAGUGAACCGGAGAGUCAGCCUAGCAGAAAACCUGGUCAAGCAAAAACGAACCCUCGAGUCGUCAUGUCCGAAUUACAGCACAUUGGGGCGAGGGAUAGCAGUGGAGAGGAUGAUGGAGGCCGCAGAAGCUGGGGAAUUUUUAGGCUUAGAUUCAAUGAAGAAGAAACCAGCUCCUGUUGAUGACCGGAGUCGGACCCGAGAUAUUGCAGGAGCAAAAAUUCCCUACGAAAGCCGCGAAAAUAUUGUCCCAUCAGAAUCUUCGAUUGCUAAAGACAGAUUGGAGGCUUCAAAAACUAUGGUGACGAAUAAGGGCCCCUUAGCAAAUCCUCGUUCGAAUCCACUAGACCUGAGUGCUCGAUACUCUCACCCUCGUGCCAUGAUGAAACUUGCCGGCUCCUCUUUGAAUAUUGCACCGUCUACUCAGUAUCAAAAAUGGAAAUCGAGAAUUGAAAAGCACCUAGAGCAGGGUCAACCGAUUGAGGCGGCUCAUCAUUUCUUACGCCCACCCGGAGAUUUUGUCGAGGAAAACCUGGAAGCCCUGAAGGAGCUUUCUUCCAGGAUAUUUAAUGAAAAUCUGAAAGCUGGUAAUACAUCUCUAGCGGGUGGUAUUUUCCGGUGGGAUGAAAGAAACGGCCAAGUGACUUCAAGUUCAUGGGAAUCACUAAUUUUGGCUCAAGGGUCAAGAUGGAGUGCCGAUACCCUUGCAUCACUCUAUUUGCGCCAUGCUGACCGUUUCGAGCUAUCAUAUGAACUUCGAGGGAUAGUCUUACGAUCACUAGUGGAUUCAUAUAGGCUGGGAGAGGCCAAGAAUUUUGUUUUCAGAUACCUAAAAGAUGACAAAAGCUGCGGGCUGAGCGCAAUUUACCUGGGUGGUUUGUAUGCGAAAAGCCGUAAUAUGGAACUAGUUGAGACCCAGGCUGGAAAGUUGGCGAGCUCCCUCCUGGGCCUCGAAAUACUUCCGACAGAGCGAUUAUUCAAUCCUCUUUUAAAGGCAUAUAUCGAGUCCGGAUAUGACGAGAAGGCCCAGGCUUUGAUUGAAGAAAUGAAGUCUAUUUAUGGUAUUAGUAUCGGGCUUAGACCAUUGGGUUUACUUGCAUAUGGAAAGGCACUAAAGAGCGAUUGGCAAGGUGUCGAACAAUGCCUCCGGCAGAUACAUGAGUUGGGGUUAGAUAGGUCUGGCCGCAAAAACUUCACGAAGGUUUUCGAUCGCAUAUUUCUAGAGUAUUUCCUUGGAAAUUCCGGUGAAAGCAUCCGAAAAUUUAUAUUCCAAGCGAUUGAGGAGUAUGAUUUAGAAAUGGAUGAUGUCCUUUUCGAGCAUAUCCUUAUUGCGUUUAUCCAGAAGGGAAACAUGGAAAUGGUUGACGAGUUUUUGCAGGUUGCAAAAGCCAAAUCAUGGAAUGUGACAUCCAAUAAAGAACAUUUCAUUCAUCUGUUGAGGAACCACAGAAUGACUUGCGAGAAGAGUGCCGUAGGUUUGUGGCGGAUGUUCCGUUCAUCACAGGAGAAAAAUGGCCGAGCUGGGGCUUCUCUAAGGAUGCUCGGCUUUGACAGGGACUCUUUCCCGCUUGAGGAGGCAUACAAACUCCCUUGGACUGGAGGACGAACAGCUUGGUCGGAUAAAAUCAAGUCUGCGCCGAUGAGCGGACGAGAUGUGGAUAAAUUUGUCGCUCUCCGUAAGAGAAUGAUCCAUAGCAUUAACGCUGGACGAAUGAAUGAAGCUCUUGAGCUUUUUACCACAGCUAAGGCGUCAGGAAAGUUUAUGAAGCAAAUUCAUGUUGAAUUAGCUCUUGUCGCCAGUCUCAUGCAAAAAGGGUGUGCAAAUGAGGCUCAGAAAAUUCUUGAAGGAGCAAAAACAUCAUUCCCGGAAUUCGACAAGACAAAGUUGGGGCAUUUCUACAAGCAAAUAUUCGAGGUCAGAUCCAGGGAGAAGGCAUUAAAGAUGGCAGUUUUCCUUUUUUAUAGGGUCCUUGAAGACAAUAUGCUUCCAAUCAAACACCAUAUGACCGUCAGCGCUAGUGCGAUGCUGAUUAAACAGGGGAAACCUGGAGCUGCCCUUAGGUUAUUCCGCGCAGUCAAUAAGGGAAAAUACGGUGCUUCAUCGCCAUUUGAUGCUAUUGCUGUGAAGAUGAUUGCUAGGGCAGCGGCCGCAAGUGGGAGUCGCAGAGGGCUCCGAUGGGCUAUUUUAACGGCAAUGAGCCGAAGCUCCGCGCUACACAGAGAUCUAGUCGUUGAAUUACAACGGCUAGUUGAGCACCUCAAGUAUGUGCUUGAACAACAUUCUAAUACCUCGGCACCGAAUGCGGCAGAUGAUACGCUCCAUAAUGAGCUCGAAUACCUCGACUACUUGGUGAAACUCCUUGAUCAGAAAGAAGCUGUACAAAGUGGCCGUGCCGAUGCCGUUGUCGCUCAAGAGACAGCGAAGAAAGACCCAGGGCAAAUGCCUGUUACUGAUCACGAUACACCCAUCCGCCCCCAAGACCUAACAUUGCGAGCUAAUGGUCUGGUCCAGACGCUUGAAAACUGGUGCGAAAGGUCCGAAUUUGAAUUGGCAUCUGGAAAGGAGAGGAAAGGUCCUAUCGAAAUGGACGGGUUUAUCGGCUCUAGAGGGACCGCGAACACGUUAGAACCAGAGCUACAGCUCGGACAUGGUUGA